UUUGCAGGAUGAUCCAAACUAGUUGAGUAGAAAGUGAUGACGCUUUUCUUAUAUCUGAUAUGCUUACAUGAUCUAUUUGAAUGCAAAGAUUGAUUGUUAAUUCCAUCUAGUUUAAAAUCUUGGGGGGUUCAGCAGAACAAUAUAAUCUGUUUGGUUCUUUCUUUCUAUAAUUUGUGCUCCUUCCUAUGUAAGAUUCCAAGUUGGGAAGUUCAUACCGCAUCUUGUCCUUUGUUAGCUUGCCUCAAGAAUGGUCUUGGAGUUAUAUGCUUAAGCUAUUGUGCUAACUACCUGCUUGUGAUAGAAAUCUAGGAAAAACUUGCCCCAAAGAUAUGAAUGUUCUUUCUUGGAAUACCUCUUUGUGCUGAGUUUAUCAUGUGAAUGGAUGUGACAGCUCUGCAAAACUGCUGAGGAACACCCAGAAAUUCUAUUCUUGAAGGUCAAUUUUGAUGAAAACAAGCCGAUGUGCAAAAGCUUGAAUGUAAAGGUGCUUCCUUUCUUCCAUUUCUACAGAGGGUCUGAAGGACAACUGGAAUCCUUUUCCUGUUCACUUGUUAAGGUCAGUAUAUUCUUUCUAUACCCUCUAGAAAAGAUGAUGAUGCACUUUUCCACUUGGUGACGUUCGAUUCAAACCCGAGAUAAGAAAUAUUGAACAAUCUUCUCCUAUGAUUUCUGUCGUGGGAAAACAUCUAGGGUAGGCACGAUGAAACAAACUUAACUGUAGGUAAUAAGUGUUUAGUCCAUUUAGAUUGAGUUAGCUUUUCCAAUCAAUAAAUUGAGUUAGCUUUAUGAAUACGAGUACGAGGAUUCGUAAUAUCAUUGUAGUGAAGCUUCGGAUAUGCACUCAUUAACUGCCGAUAAAAUGGAACAACAUUUGCCCACUUCAAUUCACUUUCAUAUGAACAAAGGUUACUGAUAUUGAGCUACAUUCUAACUCCUUCAUUAUCCUUCCUCCGAAACACAUUGAUUUGCAGUUUCAAAAGAUAAAAGACGCAAUCGCGAAGCACAACACCGAACGUUGCAGCAUUGGCCCGCCAAAGGGCGUAGGAGAGCUCAACCUCAAUUCCUUUGCUGCUCCAAAGGACAGCCCUCCUUCAUAAAGCAGCAGCAUUCUUUCUUCACUACGCAAUUUUCCCCCAGGAUUUGCAUAUGCUGGUAUGAAACUCUCCACCAUGAUUACUGAGACUUUUAUCACCACCCAUCACUAUACAUAAGUCGAGUGUAUAUGUUUCAUUCUCCCCUGUAACAUUCUUUCUCUGUUAGCUUACUAUAACUCUUCCUCCGCAAAAUUCUUUCUUUUGCCAUUUCUCUGUCGUGAUGCUUGUAAUUUCAACAGCUAAAUUGCAAAAUGAAAUUCCAUCGACUUAUUAUAUCUUCCCUUUUCGCUUUUGGUUAGAGGUUGAUGAAUUUGGCUACUGUGGUAUAAUCGUUGGAUGUAGGUGAUGAUAAUUAUUCACAAAAUUAUUAUCAUACAUCUAAUGAUUGUGAUUUAUACGAUCGAUCCAAUGGGGUAAGCACGUAUUUACGUCUAAGGAUUGUACGCAAUGUAAUGAUUAUGGAUCGUUAGAUGUUAGACGAUCUAUCCAAUAAUGUCAGCACGCAUCUUCGUUAAUGGUUGUAAGCAUGCCAACGGAAUUGACGAUUGCUAUGUAAGGUAUAUCUUUUUGUAAUCAUUUCCAAAUCAUCAAAAACACUUUGUGUGGAUCUUUUCCUCUCUCAAUUUCCCUCUCCAUCUCUCUAUCUCUCCGGUGUGGAGAUCGGGAGGAAUGACGAGGUACGGAACAAUUCCAUCAUCAUCGCAAUCUCAGCAGCCGGCGCCGCCGCCGCCGGCAUCCUCGUUUCCUUCGUCAACAAUCGUACCCAUCUGGGGUCAGAAGAUCAGAUCCACCGCCGAAAACUUAAUCGCCACCGCCAAGCCAUGGAAGCUCAUGAUCCAACCCCAAUCCCUCACAAUCCCCGCCACAUUACCCCAAUCCAUCGACAGGAUCAAAGCCAAUGUCGCCUUCUUCCGCAGCAAUUACGCCAUCGUCGCCAUAUGUGCCCUGUUCCUCUCCCUUCUCUGGCACCCUGUUUCCUUCAUCCUCUGCCUCGCCGUCGCCGCGGCGUGGCUGUUCCUCUACGUCCUCCGUAACGGCGGGGACCCCUUGGUGGUUGGUGGGCAGGUGAUCGGCCAGAAGACGGUGGUGACGUCGCUGCUGGUGGGGACGAUGGUGGUGCUCUUCUUCACGGAGGUGGCGGAGGACAUCGUCGUGGGGCUUUUCGCCGGGAUUGCGUUGAUUGUCGUCCACGGAGCGGUGAGGGAGACCAGCGACCUGGUGGCCGUCGGCGGAGCUGUGCAGGAUCCUGCAGCGAUUGGGUCGUCGUCGGUUGCAAUAGCAAUACCCGGUUCGUAUCAAGCAGCCGGCAAUAAGAAUAUCAACAAAUAGCUGCAAUCUGCGACCCGCGAGAACGGCAGACCAUAGAGCUUCUCUGUGUAUUUUCUGAAAAUAUUUUUGUGUCCAUAAAGCUCUGUAUUGUUGAUUAGCAUAAACAAAUACUCAUGGAAAUCCAUGACAUGUAACUUCUUGGGUCAUAUUUCCUAGUUGCCAAACGUAACAUGGUGAAGAUUUUGCUUGUUUUCACAUCCCAAGUUCCCAAUACUAUUCUAAUCAAGAUUUUGUCUGCAUCAUGGUGAUUUCGGUGAGGUUUAGAGGAAAAAUCUUCACAUGAAGACAUUAAAUUUCAUAGUUCUUAUAAAAGCAAAACUCAUUCAUUUUACUUCAAAACACGUCUUCUUAGUUAAUGUUGCCGAAUGUGAAGUUCUAGGCAAUCUUCGUCAUAGAAAUCUGAUCAAAAUUGUUAGCUUGUGUUGCACAGCUAAUUUCAAGGGAUUGGUGUUGGAGUUCAUGCCAAAUGGGAGUUUGGAUAAGUGGUUAUAUUCACAUAACCACUUUCUAGACAUCUUUCAAAGGUUGAAUAUUGUGAUAGAUGUCGCAUCCGCUCUGGAAUAUCUACACCAUGGUUAUUCAACUCCAAUAAUAGAUUGUGAUUUGA